AUGGCAGACGAGAUUGCGGCCGAUGUUGCGAUGGGUCGCAUGGAAGGUCCCUUUGAGGUUGGUUUGCUUGCUCCUUCGCGUUCGCAGCGCCAAGUCGGGUCCGAUGGGAAGGACAAGAUCCGCCGCGCAGAGGACUGGCGCAGCUCUGGGGCGAACGACACUGUGGGAGUACCUGACACUCCUGCGUACCAUGGAAUCGAUGCCUUUGUGCACCUUGCUAGGGCAGUUAGAAGCAGCUCGCAUCCUCGUCAAGGAGGGCUUCGGCUGUGGGGGCUGGACCAUGAAGCUGCGUAUCGUCAACUACCUGUUGAGGACCCGAGCCACACAUUUGUCGUCCUUAACACGCCGCAGGGGCCCACGUUGUGGAAACACAACGUGCUUCUGUUCGGCAGCACUGCCAGCGUGUGGGGAUAUUGCAGAGUGGCAGACUUGAUGACGUGGAUGCCACGCUGUAUGCUGCUCUCCCCGAACCUCCACUUCGUCGACGACUUCGGCUCGGUGGAGACCCAGCGCCUGGCACACAGUUGCUUCCGAACGACACAGACGCUCUGUGCAGCUUUAGGCCUUAAAUUUAAGGACAGCAAGAAGCAGCCACCGGCCCAGCAACACCAGCUUCAGGGAGUCAGCCUCUCGCUAGGGGACCUGGAGGCGACCGUGGCCAUCACACCGGAACGUGCCCGCCGCAUCGACAACCAGUUGAAGGAGAUCCUCCUGAACAACCGCCUGGCUCCCAGGGAAGCGUCGUCGUUGGCUGGAAAGCUGCAGUUUGUUUCGCAGUCAUUGUUCGGCCAAGCGAGCGCGGCGGCUCUGCGACCAAUCUACAAACGAGCACGAGGGGCCUGCUUUCGCUCCGAGUCAGCAGACUGGCAGCUAACAGAGGGUCUCAAAGAAGCCUUGGAGUUCCUGAGAUUGCGACUGCGUGACAGCAAGCCACGGGUGGUUCGCUAUGAGGUUGCAGAGCGCGCAGUGAUCUACGCAGAUGCUUUCUUCGAGUUGGAGGGCAAGCGCUUCAAGCCGUCAGAGAUCGAGGACGUGCCUUCUUGGGGAAAUAAGCCGCCGGCAGCAUUCACCAACGGAUGGGGGUUUGUUGCCAGAGUAGGAGAGCGGACGUUCUUUGCUGCUGGAUCGGUACCGUUUUGGUUUGCUCGUCAUUUCGCUUCCAAGAGAUCCUAUAUCUACAUGCUUGAGAUCAUUGCGCAAAUCGUUCCGCUCAUUGUGCUCAGUGAGGUGGUGCCGCCCCACUUGCUGUUGUUCAUUGACAACGAACCUGCCAGACAUGCGUUGACAAAAGGUUUUGGCAACUGCCGGAAUCUGAACAAACUUCUGCAGGUCGCUUGGUCGUUCACCGAGAAGAACGGCUGGUGGCCAGUGUGGCAGCGUGUGGCCAGUUCUGCCAAUGCGAGUGACGGGGUUAGCCGCUUUGACUUCUCGCUAGCGCGUGAGCAGAAUUGGGAGUGGUGUGAGAGCGAUUACGAUGCGAUCUUCCAUCGGCUUCUGAGUGCUGUGAAUGCUUUUCCGUUUCAAGGGCUCUAG